CAUCCUCCAUACAACAUACACCAUCCCCCACACUAGACUUGUACAAGGGGGAAUAACAGAGGAGGAUACUCAUAACCUGCUGGUAGAAAUCUAGCUUCAAGUCACAAUGUCACCUCCCACCAUCCCACUGCACAGGAUACGUUUCUACGACCAUACACCUUCACCCAUCACCUUGAUCUCUUUCUCUCCUCUACCACUUCCACCUAUCCAUACCUCCUCCUCAAACCCUUCCAUCUCUAAAACACACACUGAUGGAUCUUAUCAACCGUCACCUCUCUUCGUCGCGAGAGAGACGGUCAAGUGGAAAUAUGGCAACAUGUGCGAAUCCCCUAAUGGAUACUCAAAUUGGUUCUUGCAAAAGAUCCUCCCUCCCACCCUCACUCAUCAAGGUAUAUCGACCAUGACUUUGGUCAUUCGUGAUCCUGAGGAAUUCUGGACAAAGGGGUAUGAUGUACCAAAGGUGGAAGAUUUGAGAUUGUUCGUUUCUUCUUCUGAUUCGGAUGAUUUGGUGGAGAGAUGUUUACACACCGGGAGGAUACUUAACACAUACCCUAUUCCCUCUCCACCUCUAUGGUCUAUCUCAGUCUCUCCCACACAUUCCCUCCUCUGUCUCUCCACAACCUCCUCCUCCCUCCACUUCCUAUCCAUCACCCCCGACGGUCUCUCCCCUCCAUCCCAUCUACUCCGCUGCGACCCUCUCCCAUCUCGAGUCCGCACAGUCUCCAUCGCCUGGGGUCCACCCGAAUUGAUACAAAUCGAUAAUCAGUGGAAUUGGAAAGAUACUUAUGUCGUCACUGGUAAUUCCGAUUCUAGUUUCAGGAAAUGGGAACUACCUCAACUCUCCCACUCAUCGACGAUAGGUUCAGCAGCGGGAUCAAACCGAGUCACACUAAAAUCUAGAGCGGUAGUGGAGAAAAUCUCAAAAGGGGGUAAUACAAAAUUACGUGCUGGACAAAAAGGUACCAUAGUAUGGGGGAUAGCUGUAUUGCCAGAUGGUGGAGUGGUGACUAGUGAUUCAUUAGGGAGUGUGGUGUUCUGGGAUGGAAAGACUAUGGCUCAGAGACAGAGUUUUGGGGCACAUAAAGCGGAUGGAAUGUGUUUGGUCGUCGGGCCUGGCGGAAAAACAAUUUACACGUCUGGACCAGAUCAAAGAAUAUGUCAAUUCGUUCUCCUACCUCCCUCCUCUCCAUCAUCUCCACCCACCUGGACGCUCACUUCUUCCCGUCGUAUGCACACACACGACAUCCGAUCUCUUUCCAUAUUCCCUCCUUACGUAUGUCUCCCCAAUCAACUUCAAUCUUAUUCUACAACCACCACUAACACCCCUGAAUCGACAAUCGCCGCCCACCCUUCUGACUCUAUUGUUGCUCGACCUGAUACGAGGACGUUUCCCCGGAUCAGGGAACGACGCAUCAAUCCGAAUCACUCACCUAUACUGGCUUCAGGGGGAUGGGACAUGCAUCUUUCCCUUCUCCCAGCUUCGGAACCUUCGUUAAUCUCCGAACGACUCAAAAACCCAUUAGGCAAACCGGGCAAGUCGAGGGUGGUUUUUGAAGAUGCUUUAGUGAGGAGAUUAUCGCCUUUGUCAGAGGGGAGAGUGUCCGUGGCGGAGAUUGGGAGGUUGAUUUUGGGUAGGAGAGAUAGAGGCGUGGGGGUUUGGAGGGUUAAACAAGGUGAUGAAGGGUGGGAAAAGGUAUUGGAAAUGGAUUUUAAGCUUCGAACCAACUUGAUCUCCUCUUCCAUCUCACCGGACGGAAGGUGGAUUGUCGUUUCAGACCUGUACGAACCGAAACUCUUCCUUCUAGAUCCCUCAACUACCCCUCUCAAGCCGAAACGUAUCAAGUCGCUUCCUGACCUACUAAACUCACAUCCGUCCGUGACGAAGAAUAGCGGCGCGUCGACAGUCAUGUUCACACCGGAUAACAAAAGGUUGGUAUUGGGCUUAGUUUCGGGUGAAGUCGUCGUUCUAGAUCUUCCCUCUUUAAAACAUACGCCUAUUCACUCUCUCAAUACACUCCACAUCGGUCAACAUGACUUUGAGAGCGAGCUACUUCAUUCAGAUGUUCACGAGAAUGGACACUCCGGUGAUUCCGAGGAUCAAGCGAACGACUCGAGUGAGGAAAAGAGAGAGGGUUUGGAUGUGAAGAUAGUCGGUGUUUUCAAAUGUGAAACGUCAGGAAAGGUCCUCCGAGGGAAACCUACCCACAAUUCUCGCCUCAAAAUGUCUAAUGGUCUUUCUCACAUUCAUGCCAAUGGUGUCAUUAGUGGGACUGUCAACGGAGAUGAGGGACAAGGUGAAGAUGAAUCGAUGGACGUUGAUCGUCGAGAUAGUUCAGAAGAUGAGAAUGAUGGGGACGAGGACGUCGCAGGGGAUCUGAAAGUGAGAGACCGAGGGCGAGGUGCUGACACGGGGACCAAGUGGGUGUCUUGUUUGACAGCAAGUUCGGACGGUCAGUGGACGGCUGUUGCAGUGGGGAGUUGGGUGGGGGUUUAUAAUCUCGAUACGAUGCGGCUCUACUCUACCCUCCCAACAUUCCCAUCGUCACCUAUCACUUUAUCAUUCCCCCCUUCUCAUCCAUCCCUCUUGUUCAUACUUUUACCUACUCACACAUUGGAGAUCUAUCAUCCCGAUUCUAAAUCUUUCCUCCCAUCAACGAAAGAGGUUGACCAUUUGAACGAAGUGUUAAAAGGUCAAUAUCUGCCUGUGACUGGUAUGGUAUUUUCUCCUACCAUUCCAUCUCAUAGUGUAGUCACGUCCAGUCAAAUACCGACUAGUCAAGGAAAGACGAACGAUGAUACUGGAGAAAAUGAUAGAUUGGUAAAAGUGGUAUUCUGGUCCGGGGAAUGGAUCGUCACUGCGAGGUUGGACCUGGAUUCGAUACUUCGACCGAGGGAGAAGAUCAGGAAAAGAUCACGACGUCGGAAAGCGAUGCCCACCGUUGUUAACGGUGUGGAGUCGUAUGACGAGGGGAAUGAGCCUGGUGAGAGGGAUGGGACUGGCGGGAUGAAUGGAAUUGACCAGGUGGAUAGGGUGAGUGGGAAGAAUGGGGUUGAGAAGAUUCACGGACUGGGUGAGAUAGGUGAGAUGGUAGAGAAGAACGCAAUGAAGAUGAGUGGAGAGAGGAUAAAGUUGAAUACGGAAUUCAGGUGUGUAGUGGGUGUUGGAUGGUUUUCAUCUUCGAACGAUGUUCAUCUGAUGGAUGAGGGAAACAAGUUAGGAGAGGAAGUAAGUAGGGGAGAAAGGAGGAGAGAAGAAUUAGUAAUUGUUGAAAGACCUUGGAGUGAUUACGCAAAUGAGUUACCUGCCGUUUUCUUCACUGGUGGGUUUGGUAGGGCGUGAGGUAUUCAUCUACAAGGUAGUCACAGCGAUGAGGUGAUACUUGCGUAAAGUAUAUAAGGAUAAACAGGGUGGAUUUCAUGAUGGAAAGUGGGUUGAAGUGGGAGUGAUAGUAUUGUAGUGUUAGUGAGUUGUGGCAGGUAUGGGGGCAUGAUCACUGUACUCGAGGAGUAUUUCACCAGAGGGUCGAAAGAGAUGCAUAAGAUUUAAACUUUGU